AUGGACUUUGCGAUACUAUUGACCAUUUCGUGUAUGUAGCGUGUCAAAAUUGAGGAUAUCAGUGUGAUUUAUACUUGGCAAUUGUGUGGCUGCAGACCACAGCAACGACUUUUUCACACCCCGGGAUCACCCGUUGGAUUACCCAUUGAGGACGAUUGAGGAGUGCGGUCGAGUCGGACGUGAAUCCCCGAUGAGAGGGCGUCAGUUGGGGUGAAUUUAAAUGCUCUCUCCUUGGCGAUAAAUCAAUUGAAAUCGGUGAAUCUAUCAAUAAUGUGGCGGACAACGAACCUCAAUCGGAUAUCGUUUAUCUUCUCGCUGACACUGAUCUCCCUGCUCGGAUGCCGUCAAAUUGAGGCACUUCAAAUGACAGACAUUUCCGUGCCGAGGGUGGCCGAUGUGAGAGACACGGUAACACUUUCAUGCACGUACAACAUGGGAACACACAAGCUCAACUCUGUCAAGUGGUACAAGGAUGGGAGUGAAUUCUUUCGAUAUGCACCAAUGAUGAUCCCGCCAAUUAUGACGUUUCCCGUGGUCGGCGUGACACUGCCCAAAGAUCAGACGAUUCUCUGCACCAAGAGCACCUGCAGUGUGAUCCUGGAUCAGCUGGAGCCGCGCACCAGCGGCUCCUAUCGCUGUGAAAUCUCAGGCGAUGCGCCGGAAUUCAAAUUGAUCAGCCAAACUGGCAAUAUGACCAUUGCAGCUCUGCCUCGACACGAUCCAAUCAUCACCGGCAUCAGCCACAGCUACGAAGACGGUGACUUUUUGCUGGGCAAUUGCACAUCCGAUAUGUCAAGUCCACCGGCCAUGCUGUCGUGGUACAUCAACGAUGAGAAAGCACCGCCAGAGUAUCUCCAGCCACUCCGUGAGACAACCAUCGAGUCAGACGGUUUUCAAUUACGCUUCCGGAGCUUGGAGGUACGGUUUCAUGUAGAUAAGACACGGCACGCAAUUUUCCGGGGCGCCAUGCGACUCAAGUGUCUCGCCAGAGUUGAGCAGAUCCCGGCGGCCACGCGAGAGUCGAGCGCCAUUGUGUACAUAACGUCACAGGAUGACUUAACCAAUCAAAAGUUAAUUAACUAUUGGACUAAUUCGGGUCACCGCAAAUUUACGGCGCAACUCCUCCAUGUCACCCUGGCGGCGCUCGUGGGGCUCGUGUUGGCAGCGAGAUAG